AUGGACAGAGCAAUAAGGCGCUUAGAGCCAUGGAAGAUCGCAGUCAUUGUUGUGGCAGUGAUAGUAGGCUUAGCCCUCAUCAUUGGCUUGAUUACGUUUCUUUUGUGCCACGAUCAAGACAGAUAUUACAAUGCAUCUUUCCUAAUCACCAAUGUCAAGUAUAAUCCUCAGUAUGAAAGGCAAACUACAGAUGAAUUCAGGAACCUAAGUGAAGAUAUUGAAACCGUGAUAUCUGAAGUAUUCAGGGGGUCCUUUCUAAGUAAAAGAUACAUCAAGUCCCACGUGGUCAGUCUAAGCCCAGAUCCUGUUGGAGUGCUUGCAUCUGUUGUUCUGGUAUUUAAAUUUCCCUCUGCUGACAGUGAAGCAACGACCUGGGGUCAAGUCAACCGUGUGUUACUCAGAAGGCUGAAAGCAACCUCGAUGGACCUGAAUGUUGACCAGUCUACCAUUAGACUCACAGAGUUGAACAAGGAAAAGGGAGAUAACCUUUUGAACAACUGCUGUGGAAUACGAAGACAGGCAUUCUCCUUCACAGGAGUGGAAAGAAUAACUGAUGGGCAGCGUGCACGGGACGGAGAAUGGCCGUGGCAGGCGAGCAUUCAGCUCGAUGGGACCCAUCGCUGUGGGGCAUCAAUCAUCAGUAACACCUGGCUGGUGACUGCAGCCCAUUGCUUCAGAGGAGUAAGAGAUCCUCGGAGGUGGACUGCCAGCUUUGGAAUUCUGCUGAGACCUCCAAAACAGAAAAAAUUUGUCCGGAGAAUUAUUGUUCACGAGGGAUACGGUGACGUUCUCCUUGAUCAUGAAUAUGAUGUGGCUGUUGUGGAACUCGCCUCUCCUAUUGAGUUCACAAGUGAUGUGCACAGUGUCUGCCUUCCCGAAGCAUCUCACGUUUUCCGAGACAACACUUCCUGUUUUGUCACUGGCUGGGGAGCUUUGGAGAAUGAUGGCUAUAGUGUUAAUCAGCUUCGACAAGCAGAAGUGAGAAUUAUAAAUACUGAGGUUUGUAAUAGAAAACAAGUGUACGGUGGAGCUAUAACAGCUGGAAUGUUAUGUGCUGGAUACUUGGAGGGGCAGGUGGAUGCCUGCCAGGGUGACUCCGGUGGGCCGCUGGUGCAAGCAAAUUCCAGAGGAAUCUGGUAUCUUGUGGGAAUAGUGAGCUGGGGAGAUGAAUGUGGCAAGCCAAAUAAACCAGGAGUAUACACACGAGUGACUUACUAUCGAAAUUGGAUCCGCUCCAAAACGGGCAUCUGAAACCUGGAGCAGGUUAAGUUUUGUGGGUUGUGUACAGCUAUUCCUCUGACACAUCCUGCUCUGUGGUCAUCCUCUAAGCAGCUGCUGGCUUAGCUUGUGGUCAUGUAUAAAGUACCUGUAAGCUUGGAGCAGUCUAGGACUUAAAAUUGGUUUGGCCUACAGACAGACAGGAACGGAAGGAACGGACUUGAUCCAUGUGACAUUUGUUUGUUCAGGAAGUAGUCUGUCAGAGGGACAACUGCCUUCCUCUGUAUGCAAUAUAUUGACCCUUUUUUCUUCAUGGCCACAUGCCUUGGCUCCAGCUUUUAUACCCAAGCAAAGUGUUUGCGCCCAAACAAUCAUCUACCAGUAUCCAAGACAAGCUACAUCUGAAACCUGGCCCAUCCAUUUGCUGUGUGCUCACAAGGCCCUAUCUAUCCAUAGAAAAGUGAC